AUGCCCUCCUUGCAGGCUAUCCCUCGUCGCCGACAGCGGCCGGAGGAGGAUGACGAGAGCGAUGAAGUAUCCUCCGAGUCGAUCAGGGACCCCACGCCAUUUUCUCAAACUUCAAACAGCAGCAAACGUCCACGGUUAGGGGACGUUCAGGAAGAAUCCGAUGAUGAGAGCAGUGGAGAUGGCUCGAUCGAUGCCGAUGGCGCAACGAGUCCUACCGUUGACGGCGCAUCGCAAUCACAGCCCAGCGUUGGCAGAUCGCUGGGUGCUGCUGUCAACGGAACUCGCGACGAGGAUGCAUUCAAGCCGGGCGCUAUUGUGCGCAUCAAGGUUACGAAUUUUGUCACUUAUACCUCCGCCGAGUUCUUUCCAGGACCGAAACUGAACAUGGUGAUUGGGCCGAAUGGCACAGGCAAGAGUACGCUGGUGUGCGCUAUAUGUCUGGGUUUGGGAUGGGGGCCACAGCACCUCGGACGCGCGAAAGAGCCCGGCGAAUUCGUCAAGCACGGCUGCAGAGAAGCGACCAUCGAAAUCGAACUGGCCGGGGGUCCUCGAUUCCGCCGUAACCCCGUCGUUUCCCGUACGAUCAAGCGGGACGGUAACAAGAGUACCUUCAUGCUGAACGGCCAAACGGCGUCUCGCUCCCAAGUUCAGAAACUCGCGCAGUCCUUCUCCAUCCAGGUCGACAAUCUAUGCCAAUUCCUCCCCCAAGACAAAGUCAGCGAGUUUGCUGCUCUCACGCCCAUCGAACUCCUUCACUCCACACAGCGGGCUGCCGCGGGGCCAGAGAUGAUCGAAUGGCACGAGAAUCUGAAGCGCUUGCGUGCCGAGCAGAAGAAGCUGCAGGUGGAUAACCAGGGAGAUAAAGACCUGUUGACAAACCUGGAAAAUCGGCAGGAGAUGCAGCGGCCAGAUGUGGAGAGGAUGCGACAGCGCGCUCAGAUUAAAAGAAAGAUCGAGAUGCUCGAGUUUAUACGCCCUAUCCCGCGCUACAAAGAGAUCUAUGCGCAGUACAAUGAGAUGCGACAGAAGAAGACCGAGGUCAGCCGUGAGCUUGAGACCCUCAAGGCCGAGCUGGAGCCCGCUUUGGGUGCCGUGAACGCGAAACAGGAAUACUGUUUGAAACUCAACGAUGUCAUCGUGCACAAGAAGCGUGGCGUUGAGGAAGCGGAACGCACGGCUUCGGAGCUUGGGCGAAAGAUCGAGCAAUACGAAGACGACAUGAAGGAGCUAGAAAGCCAGAUAGAGGCUGAGAAGAAAGGUGGUGCCGAGUACAGACAAGAGGCGAGCAAAAUUCAGCAGACGAUCAACAAACUCAGGCGGCAGCUGAACGAUGAACCGGUGGAAUUUGACGUCGACUGGUAUAAUGAACAAAUCAGACAAAAAAGGCACGAGUUACGCGAGAUCACUGAAAAGGCAACCCAAAUUAAAGACGACCGACGACCCCUUGUGCAGCAGCUCCAAGAGAAAGAUCGACAGAUCAAACAAGCCGAACAGCAAUUGAAGAAUCUAGAUUCUCAGUCAGGGCGGCAGGAAAUGAAGCUGAAACAGGCAUCUCUGGACACCUACAGAGCAUACCAGUGGCUACAAACGAACCAGGAUAAGUUCGAAAAAGAAGUGUUCGGUCCACCAAUGAUGACAUGCUCUGUUAAGGAUCCCAAAUAUGCAGAUGCCAUUGAGUCCUUGAUGCAGAGGAGCGACUUCACUGCGUUCACAACGCAGACCCGAAACGAUUUCAAAACGCUGCAAAGAUUUCUGAUCAGGGAGCUGAGGCUACAUGAUAUCACUAUCAGGACCUGCUCAGUUCCUUUAGAAAACCUUGCCGUACCCAUGUCGAAUGAGGAAGUUAGCCAACUAGGGUUUGACGGUUUCGCCAAGGAUUAUCUCAACGGCCCGGAGCCUGUGCUUGCAAUGCUAUGCAGCGAGAAUCGGCUGCACCAGACACCCAUCACCCUGCGCGGCAUCUCAGACGAGCAAUACCAUGUAAUGGAAAGCGGCGAAAUCGCAUCGAUCUCUUCCUGGGUUGCUGGCAAACAGAAUUACCAAGUGGUUCGACGUCGCGAGUAUGGACCCAACGCAUCGACCACGCGGGUGAGACAAGUGAGACCGGCGCAAGUUUGGACCACUCAGCCUGUGGAACAGUCGGCGAAGCAAGAUGUGACUCAGCACAUCCAGGAGUUAAGGCUCGAGUUGCGCGAAAUAGAGCAACAGAUGGAGUCUGCAAAGUCUCAGCUCACUCAGCUGGGUCGCGAUCAUGAACAGUGUGAGCGAGAAAGGGUGGAGCUCGAGAGGGAAAAGGCUGAAAAACAGACAGCCCUUACAAACUUCAGAGCUAUCCCUGAGCGAAUAAGCCAACAAGAGGCGAAGCUAAAAAAUAACCAGAAGUACUUCGAGGGCAUUAAGGCCCGAGUCCUGAGUAUUCGUCAUCAGCAAUCGCAAAAGUCCAUCCAGAAAGCCGAAGCCGCUAUUGAAUAUGCCAAUGCGGUUCAAAAUCUUCGCGUACUAAGCGAGGAGUUUAUAAGACUGAGUGUCCGACAUAUCGAAGGUCUCUCGGAUCUGGAAACGUUGAAAGAACGCAACGCUGAGCACCAAGCUCAACUCGAUGCAAAGAACGAUGAGCUGAAGGCUGUCGUGAGCGAAAUCAGGGCCACCUCCGAGACAGUGAAGAAAAUGAUGAAGGAGGCGGACAAGGUGGUGAAGGCAUCCAGGGACCAGUCGGAUCUGCGAGACCUGAUCCAGUCCCUGGUUGACUAUACCGUCGACCAGCUCGAAGCGGACAUCGAUUCCGAAAAGGCGCGCCUGGAGCUGACGCAGGGAGGCAGCAAGAACCUGAUCAAAGAGUUCGAGGAACGCGAGCGGCAGAUCCAGAAACUCCAGAGCAAGCUGGCCGACUUUGAGAGCCAACUGGCUGACUACGACCAUGCCAUCAACGAGAUCCGGGGUAAAUGGGAACCGAAGCUCGACGCGCUGGUCAAAAGCAUCAGCGACGCCUUCUCCGACUCAUUCGCCCGCAUCGGAUGCGCCGGUCAGGUCUCCCUGGACAAGGUGGAAGACGAGCCGGGCCCGAACGGCCAAUCCAGCGGCAGUGACUUCGACCAAUGGUCCAUCCAAAUCCACGUCAAGUUCCGGGAGAACGAGAACCUCUCGCUGCUCGAUUCGCACCGCCAGUCUGGUGGCGAGCGCGCCGUCAGCACCAUCUUCUACCUCAUGGCGCUUCAGUCGCUCUCGGCGUCGCCCUUCCGCGUCGUCGAUGAAAUUAACCAGGGUAUGGACCCCCGCAAUGAGCGAAUGGUCCACGGGCGGCUGGUGGACAUCGCCUGCGCCCCGGCCGACAGCGAGGGUGGUGGCGGCGGACAGUACUUCCUGAUUACGCCCAAGCUGCUCAGCGGGCUGGUCUACAAGCCUGGCAUGCGGGUUCUCUGCAUCUUCAGCGGUGAACACAUGCCUACGGAUUAUGGCUUGCUCGACUUCAAGGAAGCGGUGAAGCGGAAGCGCGCGUUGAACGAGAAACAGGGUGGGAAGGGCAAGGGCCGGGAUGUGGGUUCGGGUGGUAAUAGGAUUGAUGUUUAUGCGUAG